UCUUUUCUAUGGUUCCUGUGUGACGCUCCCGCUCUAUGGUUAGCUGUGCAGCUGCCUUGCUGGCGGGAGAAGGGACAGGAAACAGUGGGUAGUUAGUGCUGGAGUGAGUGAAACUGAGGAGGAAGUACAGGAGCUGAGUAGGGUCAGGUGAGUGUAGUUGUGAGGGCAGUGCAGGGGAAGCGUCUAGCAGAGGCUUCAGGUGAGGCUGGUGCGGGUGAGUGUAGGAUUGAGUGUAGGAUUGAGUGUAGGAUUGAGUGUAGGAUUGAGUGUAGGCUGAGUGGGCACUUCAGGGGGUUUAUUGCCUGUGGAACAUUGUUGGGAAACUGUAGGGAGUCAGUAGAUGCAGCUCCUUGAGAAGUUCCAUGUGAUUAUAAUAAGUUAGUUGUACAGGGCUGAGACACUUCACAGACUGGAGUUCAAUCAUGUGGUUCAUCUAUGUCCUCAGCUGGCUGUCCCUGUUUGUUCAGGUGGCCUUUGUCACUCUGGCUAUUGUCGGUGGUUAAAGCAGAAGGAAAAGCUAAAACUGCCGGACUGUACUACUUGGCAGAACUUAUAGAGGAAUACACGGUAGCCACCAGCAGGAUAAUAAAGUACAUGAUAUGGUUUUCUACAGGGGUGCUCAUCUGCCUCUACUUGUUUGAGAAAUUCCCAAUCAUUAUGAUUGCAGUCGGGCUCUUCACUAACGUAGUGUACUUUGGCUUGCUGCAGACGUUCCCUUUCAUAAUGCUCACAUCCCCCAACUUCAUAUUAUCCUGUGUUCUGGUGGUGCUGAAUCACUACUUGGCUUUCCAGUACUUUGCUGAUGAAUAUUACCCGUUCUCAGAGGUCCUCACUUAUUUCACCUUCUGUCUGUGGCUGAUCCCAUUUUCCUUCUUUGUUUCCUUGUCUGCUGGAGAGAAUGUUCUCCCCUCCACAAUUCAGCAAGGUGAUGAUGUUGUGUCCAACUAUUUUACCAAGGGCAAGAGAGGGAAACGCUCAGGGAUCCUGGUUAUCUUCUCUUUCAUCAAGGAGGCCAUCUUGCCGAGCAGGCAGAAGAUCUACUGAGCCUAUUGAAACUUGUGACAAAUCACUGUGCUGUAUCACUUUAAAUGAGAGAAAAAAAAGAUCUGGUUUUGCACAGAGCAGAAAACUGUUGCCCAUAGGAAGCUCACGGGCGCGAGAGAGAUGUUAAGACUGCAUUUAUCUGGAUUGGUUACAGGGAAGGGUUUCUCCAGCUACGAUUGGAUGGAAUGUGUUCUCCAGCUAUGAUUGGAUAUCCAGUCUCUGAUUCCUCCCACUGAUAAUGAUUAAGCAACCAAUGUUUGCUGCCAUGCUAAUUCAUAGGACUUAACCCCGAGUGAACAUCCAACAGCUGAAUGUUCUACCACUAGGAAAUACAAAAUAAAAUGCCAUGAGUAGCCUUUCGUACAAAAAAAUAUAAAUAAAAAACACAAAGUUCUGCGUUUAUUUUAACAGUU